CACUCCAGUUGAAAAAGUCAGUUGGACUUGGACCAGCAAACAUCGGUCUGAUCAGCUGCGAUCAACGGUUAUUGCCUGCAUGCCUGGCCAUUUUUCAUCUCAAUCGACAAAACUUUCAGCAAUGAGCAUUAUUUCGUGUUAGCAUUUUUAAUUUUCCAGACAUUUAAAACCGUUUUUAAAGUUUUGUUUGGCCGUUUUUAGAUAGCUUUUCAAUUGUUAACACAAUGUCUGCUUUUGGAGUGCACGUUGACCAAGAAAAUCAGCAAUUGCAUGGCCGCGAUGGAGGCAAAGGCAUGCAAAAUGUUCAAAAACGGCCUGUUUUGGGAGUGAUUAAUACGAAUACAGCUAAGGGACAAACUAGAAGAAAUGACGGCAAAGGCGGUGCACCAGACAAAGCGCAACCGAAGAAAACAUUUACUGUGCACUGCGACAGCGAUGUGGCAGGCGACAGCAAAGCUACGCAGCGACCGGCCGCGGCAGUCGCAAGCCUGUCGCAGCCAGCGGUCUCGUGCUGCGAGGCGGCAAGAAGCUGGACGCGGUGGCGACUAAGCCGGCUGCGGCUUCCAAGUCGGUCGCGGCUGCGGCAGCACCUAAGCCGCGUUUGGGACUGAGAGCGCAGCCUGCGGCCGCUAGCGGCGCUGCGGUUGCCGCCGCUAAGGUCGCCGCCGAACCCGAAAAAGAGGAGAAAAGAAUCUGUCUUGUGUAGUUGCUGUGCCAAGACAACCUCUGCGGGACUUGCAGGUGGUGAGUGGACUUGCAGCCGCUCGCGAGGAAGAGCCAAUGUCCGAGGACAGCUUUGUAGACUCGCCGAUGAAUGUGGAUCGCUCACUCGUGUUGUCGCCCUGCACUCCAGUCCUGUCAACCCAACCCUCUGCUAAGCCCACUGCUGCCAAGUUGGCAAGCCUCAUUUUUGACAUCUACGAGUAUCAGCAGGAUAUAUUCGACUACAUGAAGAUAGCUGAGAUGCGCGCCAGAGCUAAGCCGUACUACAUGCGUCGCCAACCGGACAUCUCUUACUCGAUGCGCUCGACGCUGGUGGACUGGCUGGUGGAGGUGGGUGAGGAGUACAAGCUGCAGAAUGAGACCCUCUACCUGGCAGUCGGCUUCAUAGACCGCUUCCUCAGUCAGAUGUCGGUGGUCAGGGCCAAGCUGCAGCUGCUCGGCACCGCUGCUAUGUUUGUUGCCUCUAAAUACGAGGAAAUCUACCCGCCAGACGUGACAGAGUUUGUGUUCAUCACGGACGACACGUACACAACUGCUCAGGUGCUGAAGAUGGAGCAUGUCAUCCUGAAAGUGCUGGCUUUCGAUUUGUCAGUGCCCACUACACUCGCCUUCAUCAAUCACCUGGCCACCGUCUGCCAGCUGUCCGACAAGACUAAGCAUCUUGCCAUGUUCCUAUGCGAAUUGAGCCUGGUUGAGGGCGACCCAUACCUGCAGUUCAGACAGUCGCUGCUGGCGAGCGCGGCAAUUGCGUGCGCACGUCACUGUCUGCUGGAGGAGGAGAGGGGAGGCGAGGAGGUGUGGCCUGCCGACCUGGAGUCGGCCAGUGGCUACUCGCUCAAGCAGCUGGCGCCGUGUAUGGUCUGCCUCAAUGCCACCCACGCCAAGGCCACUACCAGUCCACAGCAGGCUGUUGUCGACAAGUAUAAGGUCAACAAAUGGCACAACGUAGCGGAAAUUCCUCACAAACAGCUCUCUGUUGAGGAGAACAAUGAAGAGGUCAUUCUAGAUCUUUAAAAAAAUUAGCCGAAUUUUUCGAACUUGCAAAUGAACUGUUGAAGUUGUGCAACCUUCUCUCGACAAUCAAACACAAUUCGUUUGACUAUUAUCCUCUUCUUCACAACAAACGUUAUUGUUGUAGACUUUUUCAUUAGUUAUCAAUAUUAUUACUUGUUCAUGGCUUGCAAGAUUUGAUUUCGCUUAGCUGUUUUUUGUUUGCAUUAAUGUGUAUAUUUUUGUUUUCAUCAGUUUUACUGUUUGCAUUUAUGCUGAAGCUGUAAUUGAGCUGCAUAAGACAACAAUAAGUACAUAAGGCCAGUACUAUUUUAAAGUAAACCGAUUAACUACUGCUCUGCUGUGACAUACGUUUUUAAAGCAGCAACAUACCUAAUUUUAAAAAUAGAUUUCAAACGACACUUUCAUUUACCGCAGACUUUAUGACGGCUUUAAGCUGAUCUGUGUUUAUGUUUUAAUAUUUUAUUGUUGAGCUAUUAGCCUAAUAUUUGUUCUAAAUUUUAUUCCAGUAUACCGAUGUUGAUAAAACUUGUUUUUCUUUUUUGGGAAAAUGAAAUAUAUAAUUUCAGCUACGUGCAUAAUGUUUAUAAAAGUAAAACUGGCUCUAUACAAGAAUUUAUUUUAAAUCUCUCCAAACCUUUACAUAUUUUAAGAAUUUGAUUUACUUUCAAUCCUACAUUUACUUGAUUUUCUAUUGGACAAUGCACAUGAAAAUAGAAUGCAACCAUACAUUUCCUUUUAUUAAUCAACUCAUUUUUUCUCAUUGAAAUGUUCCCAGUGAUUCUGCUAUUCAAAAUAUUGUUGAAAAAGAGUUAUUGUUACGAUAUAACGUUAUUGUAAUAAAACAGCUUUUCCAUUUUACAAUAAAACAUGUAAGCGCGCAAUAAAACUAAAUUUUGUAAAAAACCUUACUAAAUUUUUAUUCAGUGACAAUAUUUAUGUAAAUAAAACGUGUAUUUUUGUAAUAUGGCUCAAUGAUGCCUGUGAUAGAAAUGGAAUUUGUGAUGUAAUCAAUAAUACUGACAUUUGAAAGCAUUAAAAUUUACUCCAAGCCAGGAAGUAGAAUAUUUUUAUACUAUAACAUUGUGUUUUAAAAUUAAAAAUAACACUUUUUUCUGUCGACUGACUCGCUUACAUUGAAAUGUAAUACUGUUCAUUAAUAAUUUAAAUGUUCAUUCGUUGUAAUUUUUUUGUAUUUUGAAACUCAGGGUAAUAGUAUUAAGAAAUACACGAAAAACAUUGUCAAUAAAUUGUAAUGUUUGAACUCAAUAAAGAUAUUUUAGUAAAUUUUUCUGCCAUUUAAUUGAUAUAAGAACAAGUAUGUCAAAUGCUUCUAUCUUGUAUCUAUAAGAAAUAAUAACAUUCCUGUAUUAAGUCACUUGACAUUUAUAUUUAUAUGUUCUUAAUGAUUUUGUGCACUACUUCACAUUCCUACAGAUACUUUUGAUGUGGGCCAAACAGAAAUGUUGUCAUUAUGAAGUUAGUGGUUUAGUUGUAUUUGUAAUCUGAGUUCAUAUUCAAAAAAUAACUUGUUUCAUUGCGAAAUGAUUUCACUUGUAUCUAAUCUCACAUUAAAGAGAAAAUUCAUGCUUAUGAGAAUUUCUAAUUAGCUGUUCUCCUCAACAGUUUCAACAACAAAAUUUUCCUAGUUUUCACUUGUAUUGUGACUACUAGAAACUGCAUGUAUUGUAAAUAACUUGUGAUUUAUUAGGAAGCGUGUAGGGAAUAGACUUGUAAAUUUAGAGUUACCGAAAUCACAAGAAUGAUUAGACUUUAGGAUAAAAUUGUUUUGAAAAGUGAAGUUGCAAAAAAAAGGAAGGAAACGUUCAUGGGUCAGAAUAUUGUUGGAAAAUUAGUAGUAUUCGGUAGAUAGAAUUUUUCUGGCAUAUUUAAUGUGUAUAGAUUUUCCUCAGUUCCUAGGAAGUUAGAGAAUUGUAACUUUGCAUGCUCAGCAUGUCUCGGGGUCCAAUAAAUUUGUUUUUCAUGUUUGAGGAUUUAUAAAAACAUUCCACUGCCCCUGACACCAAAUCUUUGUGGGUUGAAAAGAAUCCCUGGUGGCUUUAAUUUUUCGUCCUUGAAAAACUGAAUGUAACACUCACACCACUUAGGAAACAUUUGAAAUGGACAGUCGAUGUUUAAAAUUUAAGCUAGUUGAUAAUUUAAUUUCUUAUUACGUGUAUUAAUUGUAAUAUUCUUGUAUUACUUCGUUGUUGCGUUUUUCUAUUAAGCAUUUGACGAAAGUUUGUUUGAAAACAUGUAUAUUGGAAUAAAUUUCGUAUUGAAAUAUUAAA